AUGCAUGCUUGCCAUCCGGUUGCGCCUACUCAAGAUCUUCCCCAACUGCACCAGCCUCCACAGUUCUUGCCUCCUCCUCCAGAUAACUUACCACCACCUCAGUCAUCACCAGGUCCAGCGCCUGCUGAUGAUUUACUACCACCUCGGUCAUUGCCAGGUCCAGCACCUGCUGACGAAGAUCCAAAUCUCCCAGAGGCACAAUUCACAGACACAAGUGAGCGGUACUUUCGUACAUAUCACCCACUUUUGAAUGGACUACCAUGCUCAGCAGAUGGUGUGUUUUUACUGCCUGGAACACCUCCAACUCUUCCUCCACCAAAGUCGCCUCGUGAUUGGAGCCCGUAUCACAACAAUAUAGAAUUCGUUACAGCGGAAUUUGUAUUCAAACAGCGCCAUAUGUCCAAUUCAGCUAUGGACACUUUAUUUGACUUAAUGGCUGCGCAACUACUGAAACACAACAACUCUCCUCCAUUCGCCGAUCAUAAGGACUUGCACAAAGUGAUUGACACUAUGCAACUUGGCAAUGUCCCCUGGCAAUGUCUCUCGGUUCGAUACAUGGGAGAUCGCCCUGAGCAUGACGCCCCUCCAUGGAUGGACAAAGAAUACGAGGUCUGGUACAGGGAUCCACGUCUGAUGGCGCAUAAUAUUACACGCCGAUGGAAAGAUUUUAUGUCCGGAGACUGGGCAUGGCAACAGGCUGAUGAGAUAUCAGAGGAUCUGAACACACAUGGAUCAACAUUUGUUCCAAUCAUCCUCAGCAGCAACAAGACCACUGUCUCCAUGGGCACAGGUAACAACAAAUAUUACCCUCUGUAUGCCUCGAUCAGAAAUGUGCACAACAACAUGUGGCAUGCUCAUCGCGAUGCUCUCGUUAUCAUCGGUUUCCUCUCUAUACCCAAAAAUUCGGAUGCUUUGUGGGAUGAAUUUGGUAUCAUCAGUAUUCUUGUUCCAUUCACAAAUGACUUCCCCCGAGCUGAUAUCUAUCAAUUGCUAUCUUUCGAUCUUCUCCACCAGCUGGUCAAAGGUGCCUUUAAAGACCAUCUUGUGGAUUGGGUAGUAGAGUACCUUAGACUUACGCAUGGGACCAAACGAGGAGACGAGAUCAUGAGUGACAUAGAUCACAGAAUUGCUGCUGUAGCAUCAUUCACUGGUCUAUGUUGA